AUGAAAAUGGUCUUCUUGACCCUGCUGGUUACGGCCGCUGUGGCUCUCGCUGGCCUGACAACCAUUUCUGAGCCUGAACUUUCUGAUAUCAAGAAGGCUCAGGCAACUACUCUGCCCGAGGUCACUACCUCUAACGUCAAGGGUCUUGUCUUCGACCGAUUCUUCCAGGUCUGGCUGGAGAACAUUGACUAUGAGGACUCGGCUGCGGAUCAAAGCCAAGAGUUCUUUGCUGCGCAGGGUAUUCUGCUCACCAACUUCUAUGGCGUUGCCCACCCGUCUGAGCCCAACUAUUGCGCUUCGGCUGGUGGUGACACCUUUGGCAUGGACAACGACAACUUCCACCAGGCCCCUGCUAAUAUUUCCACCAUUGCCGACCUACUUGAGACCAAGUCUGUCUCAUGGGCCGAGUAUCAGGAGCAUAUGCCUUACCCUGGCUUCCAGGGUUUCAACUACUCAAACCAGGAUAACAACUUGCCGGACUAUGUCCGCAAGCAUAACCCUCUGAUUCUCUACGAUUCUGUCGCUUCGGACGAUACUCGUGCCCGCCGAAUCAAGAACUUUACCGACUUUGAGAAUGAUCUCAAGAACAAGAAACUUCCGCAGUGGGCAUUCGUCACACCCAAUAUGACCAAUGAUGCGCACGAUACCAACAUCACCUUUGGUGCAUCAUGGGAGCGAAAGUGGAUGGAGCCUCUGUUGAAGAACGACUACUUCAUGGAAAAGACGGUGGUCCUCCUUACUUUCGACGAGGACAAGGCCGUCAACAAUCGCUACCCUAAGACCAACCGCAUCUUCAGUGUUCUUGUCGGUGGUGGCAUUCCAGACCAUCUCAAAGGCACAAAAGAUGACACCUUCUACACUCAUUACUCCACCAUUGCCUCUGUGUCUGCUAAUUGGGGUCUUCCUUCUCUGGGUCGCUGGGACUGUGGAGCCAAUAUCUUCGAGUUUGUGGCCAACAAGACUGGCUAUGUCAACUACGACGUCACCAUCGACAGUCUGCAUCUUAACAACACCUACCCUGGCCCCUUUUCGGCCAACGUCUACACCACGUUCUCACCUGAGUGGCCCGACCCCAUCACCGAGGGCAACUGCUCGGCUGGUCAUGGUAUCUUGGACAUUGUCAAGAAGACCUACAAUGGAACCAAGCCCAGUCACAACUACAGCUGGCCUUUCCCGUGGGAUGCAAAGACGAAUUAUAACAUCGAUGUCACUGCCACUCGCAAGUUGAAUGGCAAGGAAGUCAACAUGACUUCGUCCAACUCGACUUCGGAUGGUGGCUCCAAGAAGAAGAACGGGGCUUCUGGCACUGUGAUUCUCUCCGGCUCGGUGACUCUUACCGUAGCCCUCGUGGCUGCCUUUGCCUACUUCCUGUAG